AUGAACCCAAACUAUAAUAAUUCCUUUUCUUCACAAUCUAUUGUUGUUCAACCUCGUGUAACUAUAGAAAAGAAUGGCAAAUUAACAACCGUCACGUCGCAAAGCUUGCCGUUACGAUCGUCACGAUUACAACUGUUCCCACCACAACCAUCACAGUCACAACAUUAUCCCCAAUCGUCAAAUGCCUCGGAAUCUUUGUUUUCUCAUAAUGCAGCUUCUAGUUCAACAAAUUUUGAUUCACAAUUACAAUUUACCCAAUCGUCAAAUGUCUCGGGAACUUUGUUUUCUCAUAAUACACCUUCUAGUUCAACAAAUUUUAAGACCGUUCUUAAUACGAACCAAGAGAUAUCUGGAAUUAUAAAUCAAAAGUCAUAUGACUUUAUUAUUGAUGCUUAUAACAACAAUAAUAUCAAUUAUAAACCUAUAUUAUUCAAUAUCUUAGCGAGCAUGAAAACACUCAUGCCAAAUUUCUUCGUUUCCUUGAGUCUUAACGUAUCUCGAAAUAAAGCAUCAGGACAAGAAACCGAAUUUAUAUUGUCUUCUCGGCCUGCUCCUAGCAUUAAAGCUGGCACAAAACUAAGACAUAAUGUAACGUUAGAACCUAACCAAAUGGUUCACCGAUCUCUGUUUAAUAGUCUAAAAAUAAACCACUUAAAUCAUGGGUUUAGUCUAUUGUCUGAUAUGACCAAUGGACAAAAAAUACCGCUGAAAGAUAUAACGCCUUUUCGUGAAGCAAUUGAAAGUAACAAUAAAUAUUAUACUACAUAUGGCUAUUUUUUCACGAAAAUUGAUUACUCUGAAAUUUCGAGGAAAUUGUAA